AGUGGUUAGCACUGCUAUUUAGGAGACACCCGGACCCUCAGCCUCAGGAGUAGCUUUGUACACUCCAGCCACGUCUGCAGGAGUUUGCCUCCAGUUAUUCCAGUUUACCCUCCCACAUUUGUAACAUAUGCAGUAGUUUCAAUGGUGACAGUAAAGUGGCACAUGGCUGCCAGUCUGCUUGUGUGUGUGAAUUGACUGGUGCCCCUUCCAGGACUGGCAAACAUUAAACCGGAUUAAGCCGCUUUGGUCUCAGAUGGAUGCCAGGACUGGUACUGCAUUGCUCCUAUGAUGAUCCCCCUGAGCUCCUACCUGCCCUACUCAGCUCUACUUACCCUGUAAAUAACCCUCAUGUCCUGCCGGGGCUCUGCUUCAGUACAAAAUACUCCCUCGAGGGUCUAGCUGGUACCCCUGAGCUCCUCCCAGAGACCCAUUCUGUUAAUAAAUGAAAUGCCUCCCAUUGCCUUCCCUGAGCUUCUCCCUCUUUCUGGCUUUUCAUCAAACUCUCUUGGGCAGUUCUGCUCCUGCCAGUCGUGCCCGCUGUGACCCCCUGGAUGAUUCUGUGCUCAUUUACAGACUGAGCAGCUACGUGGGUUGAAGUCGCCUGACUUGUUCUUUUUCUCUCCAGAUUCCUACCCGUCAUGACUGGCGAGGACUAGCUGGCACUGGACCAUGUCUUACCCCAACGUGGAGUCAACAAGCCCCUCGGCCCACUUCGAUGGCCCCAACAGUACCUCACGCUGCUCAGUGCCCGUGGUCUUCAGUGCUCUGCCUCUUUCUAUUGCCAUGCCAAUCUUCACUAUGACACUGGGCGCCUUAUCCAACAUCAUUGGCCUGGGCAUCCUGGUCAAGUCGCACACUCGAUUCCGUCAGCGCUCAAAGGCGGCCUUUCUCCUGCUGGCCAGCAGCCUGCUCUUCAUAGACUUUGCUGGCCAUGUCAUUCCGGGGGCUUUUGCUCUUCGUCUCUAUACUGCCAACAUGCGAUGGGAUGACAUUGAUCGUUCAGGCGCCUUGUGCCAACUCUUUGGUGCCUGCAUGGUGUUUUUUGGACUCUGCCCGCUGUUCCUCAGUGGUGCCAUGGCUCUGGAGCGUUGCAUUGGAGUCACCAAGCCCCUGUUGCACUCCAGAGAAGUCACCUCCCGCCGUGCCAAGCUCGCUGUGGCCCUGAUGUGCUGCACGGCCUUCCUGAUUGCCAUUUUGCCACUGCUGAAGGUGGGCAGGUACACCAGGCAGUUCCCAGACACCUGGUGCUUCGUGAAAAUCCAUGGGCAGCUUUCAGCGGUGGAAUUCGGCCUCUCAAUCUCAUUCUCCAUGCUGGGCUUGGUCUCGCUGGCCUUGUCGCUCCUCUGCAACUCCCUCAGUGGCUUGGCGCUGCUGAAGGCCAGGCUGAGUAGGCACCGGCCCGCCAGCUCCUGCCAACAUAACCUGCAUUCCCACGACAUCGAAAUGAUAGCGCAGCUGCUGGGAAUCAUGCUGGUGUCCUGCGUCUGCUGGAGCCCCUUUCUGGUAAGACCUUUACAACCGCGUCUCUUAGGGGGUCCUGGCACUGGGCAGUGAGUGUAUGCAGAAUCACAUACUCAUGGGGGGGACGUGGGGAUUAUCUAAC